GCGUGGAGCCGCCGCCGGGUGCGUCCCCGCUGGUGUGGAUGGCCGCCGAGGACACCGCGGACGUCUCCAAGGGGACUCCGAUCGCGGUGCUGCCGGACGCGGCGCUCAUCAGUGGAGGUCGCGGCAUCAUCCCGUGGGGCAACAGCCCGUUGUUCGUGAGACGUAUGCCCGAGGCCGACUUCUACAGACUCGUGCAUGACGACUUGAGGGUGCUGCCAGUGGUCACGGACGCGUCGGGCGAGCAGGACAUCAGCUUCGCGGAGGCCGUCCCAGCCACGGACCCCGCGCUUCCCCGCGGAGGCAUCGGCCUAGACGGGCCCGUGAUCACGUUCUGGCAGCUGAAGCAAAUCAGGGACGACGACAUGAAUCCCGACCAUCGUCAUGAGAGAUGGGUGAGGUCUGGACGCGUACCUGAAGGUGAUAGGUCGGUGUAUGAACAUCAGGUUCUGUGCAGGAUACUGGACGCGUCCGCCACCCGCGACCAACUCAAUCUGCCUGCCACGAAGUGGGCGGCAGGCGGCGGCGCCAACCCUGCGCUGGCGCAGUAUGUGGCUGGUCAGCUCAAGGACCAGGCGGCGAUCACCAAAGAGCGCAGGAAUGCCCGCGAGGAGGCCGCGCAGGCCAGCGGGGCGGUGAAGUGUUACAGCCUCAGCUUCGCCAGCCACGCGCCCCUGAAGUUCUCGGACCCUCCUGUGCUCACCGAUAUG